AUGUAUAUUGCGUGUCAAAGCAAGUGCUUAACGGCCGCGAUAAUUAGUCUGUAUUACCGGUGUUCAUCUUGCUGCUUAUUAUUUCUCUUGCUUUUUCGACAUAGCGAGUUUUCGCGAUAUCCGGCCCUGCUUCUGCACAACCGUCACGCAUCGUCGCUGCGAUGCGUUGCAUAUUUGCGUGUAUCGUGGUUCCUGGUGCCGAGCAUUUCCAUGCCGCGCUUUUCCUGCGAGGUCUCCAUCGCGCGCGCUAAGUGUGCGAUGAGUUGGCGUCCGUAUGUGUCGGCGCAUCAGAUGAGGUCCUGCGAUGUAUACUCUGCUUGGUCGACAACGAGGACCCUAAUAACACACGGACCCGACGUACGAGCACCACUGGAUCCACAUUUCGGCCGCCACGGCUACGCGUCACCACAACGGAUGUCGUGCCAGUACACCGUCCUGCUGCCUAUACGGCGGUGCUGGCUGCUGCCGACCGAGCGACCGUGCAGGCACCACGGCUUCUGCCAUUCACCAUGCACUCGACAGGUCAUGCGGUAUGGGCUCUGCUUAGUCGGCAACGAGGGCCCUAUUAACACACCGACGCGACGUACGAGCACCGCAGCAACACGUCGCCACGACGGAUAUCGUGCCAGUACACCGUCCUGUCGCCUACGCGGCGGUGCUGGCUGCUGCCGACCGAGCGACCGUGCAGGCACCACGGCUUCUGCCAUUCACCAUGCACUCGACAGGUCAUGCGGUAUGGGCUCCACUUAG